CAUUCUGUCGACUUUCUAACGUAGUUGGACGCACGCAUAAUAACUUGGUUUUUCAUUUCUUCCAAACAAACAGUCGGAAGAGCAAGCAUAUAGCACUGCAUCUUGUGUUUACUACUAACAAAUUUGGUUUUUGGUAUUAUAUUGCAAGUUAGUAACAAGGCAUGGGUCUUGGGAAAAAGAAGAAAAAGGGUGCUUCUUUCCAAAUUGAUUACAUUGUACAUAUCCAGAUUAUUAGGCCAUGGCCCCCAUCAGAAUCAUUGAGGUCGGUUCAGUCGGUAUUACUUCAGUGGGAGAAUGGUGAUCGCAAUUCUGGAUUUGUGACUUCCUCUGUUGAGGAUGAUUAUCUUGAAAUUAACAAGACUUUCACCCUAUUCUUAACUUUAUGCCGCGAGAAAAAAUCCAAAGAUAAAUUUCUAAAGAAUAACUUGGACUUCUCCUUGUACGAAUAUACAAAGGAGAAUGCAGCUCAAGGUCAACUCUUGGGGACAGCUUCAAUAAAUUUUGCAGAAUAUGGAGUUAUCAAAGAAACUUUAGCUAUUAGUGUUCCCUUAAACUGCAAGAAGAGUUCUAAAACCUUGCUGCAACCAUCUCUAUAUGUUAAGGUACAGCCAGUUAAAGAUAAGCAAGAAUCAGACUUACUGAUUGAUGAUGGUGAAGAUGAUUCCGAUGUUGCUUCUUACACUGAUGAUGAUGUUUCGUCCCACUCAUCCUCAACUUUUGCCUCUUCUGUUUUUGAAGCUGCUUGGGCUUCACCAUCUAACAAUCUAAAGGUGGCAUGGCCCUCACCAUCUCGAGUUGUAAAGAAUGACAUGCAUGGAGAGGCAGCCAGCGGAACAAGCAAAAGCGAAGAAAAUACUCAGAUAUCUAAAGAAAAAUACAUUGAUAGAUUGAUAUCAAAAAUUACGUCUUCACAUAUGCAUACUCAGGCAGGUGCGGACAGUCAAAGUAGUGCGGAUGAAACAACAGAACAUGAUUUUGGACAGGAUGAACUGUUCCUUGAUGACACAAGAUACUUGUCAGACGGCAAAAUAGCUAAAAGUAUGAAAAGACAAGGUACGAUGAGUUCCAUUCGUAAAGCUCUUGGAGCUCAGAUCACACAUGGCCGAUUGAAGCCAGUGAAGUCCGUCCAGAUAAGAGACUCCACAAGUGCAAAUGUAUUUCUGGGGAACACUGAGAUUAUUAAGAAAGAAAUGAAAGAACAGACACCAAUAGAAACUAGUAGUAUUGCUAAAAGUACAGUAGUGGAGAAAAAAGAACCAAAGAAUACUACCAGCACUUCAGCAACUGAAAAAAGAGCUCCAGCAAAUGUUCUGUCAAAAAGUAAACCUGAAUCGGAGUCUAGAAUUCAGAUGCUUGAGGAAGAACUGAAAGAAGCUGCAGCUAUUGAAGUUGGCCUUUAUUCAGUAGUUGCUGAGCAUGGAAGUUCAUUGAACAAAGUUCACACUCCAGCCAGGCGCCUUGCUAGAUUUUAUCUCCAUGCUUGGAGAACAAAAUCCACUGCUAAACAGGCAAGUGCUGCUAGAGCCUCUGUCUCAGGAUUAGCUUUGGUUUCUAAAGCAUGUGGAAGUGAUAUUCCAAGGUUAACUUUCUGGUUGUCGAAUUCCAUUAUGUUAAGAGCAAUCAUCAGUCAGGCUGCUGCAGGAGUGCAAUUUAAUGAAGGGGCACCUACUGAAACUACUGGCAACAGAGGUAGGUCUGCGUUGGAAAAAAUAUAUUUGCAGCAAAGCAUCAAAUCAAUUGCUAGCCAAGGGAACAAGAGUCAUUUAGUUAAGCAAUAUUAUAACUGGGAGGACAUCGAAUCAUUCACUCAAGCAUUGGAAAAGCUUGAAGCCUGGAUUUUCUCCAAAAUCACCAAGUCCCUUUGGUGGCAGACUCUGACUCCACAUAUGCAGUUCUCGACUGCAAAACCUAGUAAAACUAGGGGCUCAAGGGUGAAGAAAACAUAUGGGAGUAGACAUUCUUUGGGCGAUCAAGAACAGGGCAAAUUUUCCGUAAAACUUUGGAAAAGGGCUCUGAAAGAUGCCUGUGAAAGGCUUUGUCCACUUCGGGCAGGUGGCCAUAAAUGUGGCUGCUUACCUGUUCUGCCAAAUUUGGUAAUGAAGCAGUUGGUGAGUAGAUUGGAUGUGGCAAUGUUCAAUGCUAUUCUUCGCGAAUCCACCGAAGAAAUGCCAACAGAUCCAAUAUUCGAUCCUAUAAGUGAUCGUAAGGUCCUCCCAAUUCCUGCUGGAAAAUCAAGCUUUGGUGCUGGUGCACAGUUGAAAAAUGCUGUUGUGAGCUGGUCUGGAUGGCUUACAGAUCUUAUUGGCUUUCAAGAUGAAGUUUCAACAGAGUAUAAUAACAUCUUUUGUAAUGACAAAAAAGCAGAAUCGUUCAAGGUUUUUCGUCUCCUUAAUGCAUUGAGCAACCUCAUGAUGCUUCCAUUUGAAAUGCUCAUAGAUGCAUCCACAAGAAAAGAAGUCUGCCCAAUAUUUGGUCCAGCUUUGAUCAAAAGAGUUCUCGCCAAUUUUGUUCCAGAUGAUUUCCGUCCUGAUCCAAUUCCAAUGAAUGUCCUUGAGGCCCUAGAUUGUGAAGUAAGUUUUCCCUCUCAUUUUGUCCUAUUUAUGGAGCUAAUUAGCCUGAAGUCACAUAACCUUUCUUACACAAUAUUUUUCCGGAUUAAGGAUGUAAAAGAUGGUCCUGGAGAAUUGCUGACUAGCUUCCCGUGCACUUUCACAUUGCCUGUCUAUACACCUCCUCCAGCAUUGUCUCUCACUACUUUUAUAGAGAAGGUUGGCAAUCAAGCUCCAAAGAUUAGGGGUUCAUCUGUACUCAAGAAAACAUACACUAGUGAUGUUGAACUUGAUGAGCUGGACUCACCAUUUACUUCGUUCCUCGCUGAUAGCUUCAAGGAUUAUCCAAAUUUAGCAAAACCUGCUAGAAAUAUUGUUAGAUACCAGCUUCUCCGUGAAGCGUGGAAGGAGGUUCAACAGUGAGGAUACCAGCAAGUUUACAUAUUUGGAAGAAAUGAUGUUAUUUUCCUUUUUACUGAAGAGCAAACAUUUCCACCUACUUGUUGCAAUUGGAAGUUGUAACUGACUAUCUUUGUUUCUAGUUUUACACUGCUAAAAAGAGUACCGCA